AUGCACCUCUUCAAGUCCGCUGUCGUCGGUGCGUUUGCACUUGCGAGCCUUGUCGUUGCUCAGGCUCCACGCCUAGCAUUCACAAGAACGCCUACCCAAGUCACUGCAGGUCAACCAGUCACGAUCCAGUACACAGCACAAAAUCUGAACCAGCCUGCAACCAUCAGGCUGAGAAAGGCCGACCCUUCUGAUCUGCAGGACGUCUCGACUUUGACUACUACACUUGGAUCCCCUGACAGGUCACUUGACAAUGCCAGCAACUACGCUCUCCAGAUUUCCCAAGGCUAUGAGAUCAAUUACUCUGGAAUGAUCACCCUCACUGGCGGUAACGCCGCCGCUGUGUCUUCAGCCAAGUCAGCAAGCUCGUCUUCCCAAGCAGCCGCAUCGUCGUUGACAGCCUCGGCCGUCUCGAGCAUCGAGUCUGUCAUCGCCAGCUACAACUCGUCACUGACCAAUCUGACUGCGGUCGUCUCCAUCCAAACCUCACCUCCUAACCCUCCUACCAACACUACCGCCAUCAUCGUUGUACCAAGCAUCGGAACCGGUUCGCCUGUCGUUCGUAACACGACCAUUGUCUCGCCAACUCUGACUUCUCCCUCUUCAAGUGGAUCAAGAAGCACCGUCACUUCGGUCGUGACUUCGAGCUCGGGAACAUCAGCUCGUGGCUCGUCGGCCUCAACAUCAGCAAGCGCUUCAAGUACCGGCGCCGCAGCAGCCAUGGCCCAAGCCAGCACUCCUGUCCUCGCACUGUUCGGUGUCGCUGCAGUCUUCUUUUCCAGUGAACGCACUUGGGAACUUCUUGUGUCUGCUGUUCCGGUGACAAUGGUAUGGAACUGUGGUAAAGAAAUACACCUUACGUACAAAUGUCUAAUGCCUACCAUUCUUUGA